AUGGAAGCAGUUGCUGAACAUGAUUUCGAAGCCGGGUCAAACGACGAGCUGUCUUUUAAAAAAGGGAGCAUUUUGAAGGUUCUAAACAAGGACGAAGAUCCACACUGGUAUAAAGCAGAACUUGAUGGCACUGAAGGAUUUAUUCCAUCUAAUUACAUUCGAAUGGGAGAUUGCAGUUGGUACCUUGGAAAAAUCACGAGAAACGACGCUGAAGUCUUGCUGAAAAAAUCCAACGUUCGUGAUGGACACUUCCUUGUACGCCAAUGUGAAAGCAGUCCGGGUGAAUUCUCGAUUAGUGUCAGAUUCCAAGACUCCGUUCAACAUUUUAAAGUGUUGCGCGAUCAAAAUGGAAAAUACUACCUAUGGGCUGUUAAGUUCAACUCGCUCAAUGAAUUGGUAGCAUAUCAUAGAACGGCUUCUGUUUCACGAACCCACACGAUCCUGCUUGCUGAUAUGAAUGUGGAGACCAAGUUUGUACAAGCAUUGUUCGAUUUCAAUCCACAGGAGACGGGAGAAUUGGCAUUCAAGAGAGGAGAUGUCAUAACUUUGAUCAACAAGAACGAUGCCAAUUGGUGGGAAGGACAAUUAAACAACCGACGUGGAAUCUUCCCUUCAAACUACGUGUGUCCUUACAACAGUAUAAAACUACCGACACCUCCUGUGGCUCCUGGUUUUACGUUUGCCACGUAA